AUGCGGCCACAGUCGACUAUCUUCCAGCGCUCAGUCGGGACUACUGCCGUUUCACAAGCACCAACGCUUGCACCACUUCGUUUCAUCAUUCCUAACGGCAAGAGCUUUAACCACAACGGAGCAAGCAUGACAGCGUCUAUCUCGUCCACGACUUCGUCUAUUUUCAACAUGAAUGAACCAGAACACGAACCACAGACGCAGCACUCGAUGCUGUACCCAAAGGAUCGCUAUAUCAUUAAAACAGAGCAGCAGCAACAGUUGUCGAAUUUGGUGGAAGAUCCAAAGCAGUCGAAGAAGAUGAUACCGAAGCGCACACGCACUCCAAAGCUCUCGAGUCGAUCCACUAAAAGUAAGGCUCGACCAGGGCUUCGUAAGGGUAAAUGGACAGAAGAAGAGAGUCGUUAUGCUACUCAAUUGACGCACUAUUUCAAGGAGGGACUGUUACCGCUAGAGAGAGGCACGAUGCUACGUUUGUAUCUCUCGCAAAAGCUGAACUGCGAACCAAUGCGCAUUACCAAGAAGUUUACGGGCGGUGAGUGUAUCGGUAAGCAGGUCUUUCGUCCCUGUAGCGCCACACCAGAGACUCGGGUGAAGAUCAUGCAAGCGCAACUUGAGCUGGUCACACUGGAGGCAGCUUUUAUUAAGCGAAUCAAAGAGAAUCGAGAGGAUCCGCCACUUUCAACGGACGACUUCGACGUGCGUUCUACAUCGUUUGGUACUAAAUCUCGGCCCGUGUCUCUCAAGCCCCGAAUGUACGAGUCGGGUGACAAUAAUGAGAAAGAGGGCGAUGUUGAAGACGCGAACGCCGUUGGUUUACUGCUCGACUUCUUUUACAAGGCCAAUCGAAAUGAAAAGAAGGGCGACAAGAAAGCUGCGCUGACUAAGAAGGACGAACAGGCUGCUGAGCGUGUCAAGAAGGAAACAAUAGAAGAGAUCAAGAAGGAACCUAGCGAAAUCAAUACGCCGAUCUCAUCCACGACAAAUAGUGAGAGCGACACGUCGAUCACUUCUCCAACAAAGCGCAUGCGCGCGCUAUCGGUCAGUGGCUGCGUAGACCCUGCGGCUAGCAAGCGCUCUCGCGUUGGAUCUUUCUCCACUGUCAGUGCCGCGUGA